UAUUUACCCUUCAAAUCAAAGCCCUAAUUCUUCGUCUCUCUCCUUCGAUUUAAGCCCUACAGUCUACCUUCUCUCCCUACCAACGUCUAAUCGAUACUUCGUUGGUGGAGAAAUUCCUUGGAUUAUUCGCGAAUUCCUCGUGUCUUCUGUAAUUUGGAUCAGAGAGAAUGGCGGCCAUUAAUCGAUACACUGAUAACACGACGCCGUCUAACCCUGUUGUUUCUCCAGCCAAGCAAUCCUUACCGCCUGCCAAAGCCGCGGACUCUCAGUCCGUUCUCAAAAGGUUGCAGUCUGAGUUAAUGGCUCUAAUGAUGAGCGGAGACUCUGGGAUUUCAGCCUUUCCGGAGGAGGACAACAUUUUCUGCUGGAAAGGGACAAUAACCGGAAGCAAAGACACAGUGUUUGAGGGAACAGAGUAUAGACUAUCCUUUUCAUUCCCCAACGAUUACCCUUUUAAGCCACCAAAGGUGAAGUUCGAGACUGGCUGCUUUCACCCAAAUGUCGACAUUUAUGGCAAUAUUUGCUUGGACAUACUUCAGGAUAAAUGGUCAUCAGCAUAUGAUGUGAGAACAAUACUUCUAUCCAUCCAGAGUCUGCUUGGAGAACCAAAUACAAGCUCACCUUUAAACACCCAAGCAGCCCAAUUGUGGAGCAAUCAAGAAGAUUAUAGGAAAAUGGUGGAGAAAUUGUACAAGCCUCCAACAGCAGCAGCUUAGAUUGUUUUAGUUUCCCAAAUGAUUUUUUUUUUUUUUUUUUUUUUUGUCUUUGGUUCAGUGUGCUCUUCAUUUGUUUUACUCCCUGGAUGUAAUAGAUAUUGUAUGGUGUCUCCUGUUAUAAGUGGAAAUUUCAAGUCAUGAGCCUAUUAGUGUUCUCAUUUCAGAGUUC